GCACAAUAAACGGUCACACUGCGAAGCCAAAAUCGAAAAAUGAGAAUUAAAUUUUAUUAAGAAUUUCUGCUAAAGCGCUGCCCCGAAAUACCAAAACAAACCACUCAAGUGCAUCCAUUAGCCGCCCCAUGCUGAUGCGUUCCACGUGACUGUUGAGUGUGUGUAGUCCGCAGGCAGAGGCACACACGGUCCGGUCCCCUUCCCAGACCCCGUUCGGAUGUGGAGGAUGUGCGCAUUCGCGUUCCGUGCGAAUCUCUGCUGGUCGAUAUAGAACUUCUGUGCCUGCUCCACCACUACGCCAUCGAUGUCUGCAGGCCCCAAAGAAGUCUGAUUGCAAGCAAAUAGAGCACACACACUUGACACCAGCCACCACCAGCCAGCAGACAGCAAUCGUCAGGCAUCCGUGCGGGCAAGUAGAAUCAACAGCAGGCAGGCGGCAUGGCCACCGCAUCGUUGGAUGCACUGCAGGCAUUCCAUGUGGACUUUAGCGAGCUAACGCUGCGAGAGAAAGUUGGACACGGCUCCUAUGGGGUGGUCUGCAAGGCUGUGUGGCGCGACAAACUGGUGGCCGUCAAGGAGUUCUUUGCCAGUGCCGAGCAGAAGGACAUCGAGAAGGAGGUGAAGCAAUUGUCGCGCGUCAAGCAUGUGAAUAUCAUUGCCCUGCAUGGCAUCUCAUCGUACCAGCAGGCCACAUAUCUGAUUAUGGAAUAUGCCGAAGGCGGCUCACUGCAUAAUUUUCUGCACGGCAAGGUCAAGCCGGCCUACUCGCUGGCCCAUGCCAUGAGUUGGGCACGCCAAUGUGCGGAGGGCCUGGCUUAUCUGCACGCGAUGACGCCAAAGCCAUUGAUACAUCGCGAUGUCAAGCCGUUGAACUUGCUGCUGACCAACAAGGGACGCAAUCUGAAGAUAUGUGAUUUCGGCACAGUGGCCGACAAGUCCACCAUGAUGACCAACAAUCGUGGCAGUGCUGCCUGGAUGGCACCCGAGGUAUUCGAGGGCUCAAAGUAUACGGAAAAAUGCGAUAUAUUCAGCUGGGCCAUUGUACUCUGGGAGGUGCUGUCGCGCAAGCAGCCCUUCAAGGGCAUUGACAAUGCCUACACCAUACAAUGGAAGAUAUACAAGGGUGAACGUCCGCCGCUAUUGACGACCUGCCCCAAGCAUAUUGAAAAUCUAAUGACAGCCUGCUGGAAAACGGCACCCGAAGAUCGGCCAUCCAUGCAGUAUAUUGUGGGCGUUAUGAAUGAGAUUGUCAAAGACUAUAUGGGCGCUGACAAGGCCCUGGAAUAUACAUUUGUGAAUCAACAGAUUGUCACCAAAGAGAGCGACGGCACUGUGGCCGCUCAAUAUGAUAGUAGUCUCAGUUCAACAACGGAUCUGAGUCUCUCGUCCACACAGUUAACACCGACAACGGCGGCCAAUGCCAAUGCCAAUGCAAAUGCCAAUGCAAAUGCAACAACGACUAGCUCAACGACCGAAAAUACUACCUCAUCAUCAACAUCAUCGGCAGAUAUAACGCCAACAAAUUCGGGCCAACUUGACAAUAAUCCUCUAUUCCAAAUGAGCAGCAAUCGCUGGGACGCCAUACCCGAGGAGGAUAGCAAUGAGAGUCAGACGAACGAUAGCUUCAAUUUAACGUCCUCCGUGGAGGCAACACAGCGACUCGAGACCAUACGCAAUGGCAUGAUUCAAAUGGCCUGCACACCCAUGGAACAGCUCACCCUCGAUGUGGAGGCGAAUGGCUUCGAUUUGAGUCGCAGCGAGAGCAGCAGCAGCAGCACGCAUGCCAAAAGCGAUGGGCGCGAGCGACUCACGGUGACGGACACCAAGCCGGUGAUAAUGACCACCACCGAUUUGACGAACAACAACAGCGAUGGCCACGGCCAUGGCCAUACGAAUGGAUUGCUGAGCCAUGCCCAUGCCCAUGCCCAGCAGGAGCAGGAUCUGGAGCAGGAGGAGAUUAACAAUUCGCUGGACGUGGACGUAGAUGCGGAUGAGAAUGACGGCACCGAGCAGUCGCUGGCCGAAAUACUCGAUCCGGAGCUGCAGCCAGAGCCACCCAUACCGAAUAAUGCCGAAUCGCAGUCCAUCUACCGUGAGCAUCGUCACAUGGCCAAAGAGUACCUGAGCGUGGACACGAACCUCUACUAUGCGCAGGACUUCAAGGAUAAACUGAUACUCCAGAUGGAUCUCGCCGAGCGCGACCAGAAGCAGGAGCUGUUGCGCAAGAUUAAGGACAAGGAGGGACUCCAGAGCCUGUACAACAAUCUGCAGCAGCAGUGGGAGAAGCUGCCCGCCUCGCGACAACUGCAGGCCGGCCACCAUCCGCACUUGCAUCCACAUCCCCAUCCACUGACAGGCGGCGCCACUGGCCAGGUAUGGGGGGGCAACGGUGGCCAGGAGGUGGCCGCUGCUGCUGGUGGCAACAUAAGCGGCGUCGAUACAGUCGAGAACGAUGGCUGGGUGGUCAUACCGCCACAUUCUAACGCGUAGUGCCAGUGCCAGUGCCAGUGCCAGUUGAAGUCGAAACACCCAUUCAAAUCGCAUAUGACUCUCUAAACAAAAUAAGUUAAAGCUGUAAUAUCUGUAAACCCUUAAUUUAAUCUGUAUCUCUAGCUAUAGAACUAUAUAUCUGUGUGUAUGUGUGUGUUGUGUGGGUGUAUUAUUUUUUUUUCUGCUACGUUUUGUGUCU